ACUCUCAGUACUUCUCUUUUCUACUGGGGCUCGCUGCGCUUUUACGCACGGCUCUGGUGACAGCGGAGCGGACUGUAAGGAGUCAUGCAGGCUGUCCGUGUCUGAGUGUCUCUUAUCAUCACUGCUGCACAAUGAUCCUGCUGCCUGCGCUGCUCUUCUUUCUUCUCUGUGGAGAACUGUGUUGUUGUUUCAGGAAGGAUGGAGGCUUCACCUUUGGCGCCGAUAUCCGCCAGUACGCCGUGGCCAACGACGCGGUGUUCGUGGCUACAAACGAGGUGCUGUACAAGCUGAGCCAUGACCUGACUCUGGUCCAGAAUGUGAGCCAGAGAGGGGUCUUUACUGGCUCAAACCAGGGGUCGCAGGGUUCCGUGUUUAACCGGGUUUCUGAGACUGCACCGUGGAAAGCGAAUUUCAGAAUCAACGUCUUAUUGCCGGUCGUGAAGGACAACGUUUUGAUCAGCUGCGGAGUGACAGACAACAGGUGCGGACACUGUGAGGUUCUGGAGCUGAGCAACAUCUCCAAUAGCACUCACAAUGAGACCAUCCAGGCGGGAUCACUGAGUUGGGAGCAUGGCGACACAGCGUCCGUCGCAGUUCUGAUAACUUUGAAGAAUCCAACCGAAAGCAACACUUACAUUCUGAGCGCGAUACAUCAAAGUAAAUCCUUGAAGAAAAACUGCACUUCUGACUCACGUACUGUUAACAUCCAAGACGCGGAUAAAAAACACGCAAGAGGCAUUUUUUCUUUCGUUGAUAACCAUGGCACUCCUACCCUCGGACACAAAGCCGACGUGGUGGAGUUUGUGGACGCAUUUCAGAUAAAUUCGAUCAUAUAUCUGCUCUCCAACACACGCCUGACAGGGAGGAAGAACAAUGUGCGUCUGCUUUGGCUCGAGGGCAAAUUCGGAAAGACCGACACUCUCAAAUCGCUGCGGGGUGUGACUCUCAAGAUCACUGACUCUGGUGGGGGAGACCCCAAACUCGUGGCCUCCUCUGUGAUCCCGGGCGCGUCUCUGAAGGUGCUGUGGAGCGGAAUAUUCAGUGCGGACGCAUCACGGAGCAACACCGAGCUGGUGGUGUUUGACAUCAGUCCUGAUCUCACGGGGACACCUAAUAGAGAUCCAGAAUUCUUCUUCGGCUCAACAGACUCUACGGUUGAUUUGAAAAUCCCAGUCACUCGGGAGCCAGUGGCAGUGAUCUUCAGGCAGAACAACAUGACCUCUGUGCUGGCUGUGAGGCACAAGACCUGGAUUGUUUUCUUCAUCGGUACAAGAGAUGGGCAGCUCAUUAAGCUUGCUGUGGACAACAACUAUCACGCCUCCUGUCCCAUCGUUCUCUACAGAGCCAGUGACGAUCGUCCAGUGCUUCCUAAAAUGCUUCUGGAUCAAGUAGAUCAUAGACAUAUUUAUGUGCCACUGACAAACCAGUUGAGGCGUGUACCUAUGUCAAAAUGCAGCACAUACAGAAAUAUGCACGAGUGUUGGUCUGCACAGGAUCCUCACUGUGUCUGGUGCGGCUCUGAGGGAAGUUGCAAAUUUGAAGACGACUGUAAAGAUUCUGACUGGUUGUCCAUUCCCGAAGAUUACCAAGAGAAAAUGGUUACCUACAGUGUUGAGAAGGCGCCAAAAGGCCAGAUCACGCUGAACAUCUGGACACACCUGACCGCAGGCCACAGGGCACAGUCUACUUUCACCUGUGCUUUUUUGGCAAGAUCCGGUGUGCUUUGUGAUGGGAUAGAUCCUCCGCCGCAGUUCCCACAAUGCACCUGCACCCUCACAAAUACCAUACUUCCUGAGGAAGGUCUGGAAGUCUACGUAGGCAUCAAACUCGGGAAGACGGAGAUAUUGGAACACCUGACACUAACCAACUGCUCUGACAUCAGAGGACCUUUGCUGUGUCAGCAGUGUAUCAGGGCUGGAUGUGGCUGGAGCAAUAACAUGUGUUCUUGGGCAAAUCAAGGAGUCACAAAUGACAGUGUUUGCCAAAUGACGGUGUCAACGAUGAACUUCACUGGGCCAGAGAUCUCCUCCAUCACUCCCAGUUUGGUGUCUUACCACGGCAGAAACAAUGCGGUGUUGUCAGGUCAUAACCUCAGUGAUGUGACCAGAGUGAGGAUGAAGGGACACACAGACUGCAAUCCAAAAGAAGCUCCUGUUUGGAACAACACAGGCGAGAGUCUGAUAUUUCACAUUCCCGGCAUCGAAAGUAAAGGUGUGGUCAACGUAUGUGCUGUCCUCCCAGACGGAACGUGUCACGGCAGUGCUAAAAUCACCUACAGCUCGUCACCAUCCUGCACCAACAUCGAACCAAGCAGCACAUGGAUGAGUGGAAAGAGGAAGAUCACACUCACAGUCUCUCUCCUGGACUUUGUGGAGGGGAUCAGACACAGUCACAACUUGCAGGAAAUCCCAGUUCAUGCAACGAGCAAAUAUCAGAAUUUCACCUACGACACACUUGCAGCUGGAGACACUCAGACACCUUUUACCAGCUCAGUGUAUCUGAAAGUAGCCAAUGAAACGUUGCCCUGCUCCAAGAACAUCACCUACUACCCAGACCCAACGUUUAUCAGCUUCAAACACGACAGUAAAGGAGACAUCGUGCGCAUCUACAUCAAGAAAAAGGCAGACAAACUGGAGAUGACCAAAGCAGAAUUAUUAGCAUGGGGUGUUCACAGAGGACAACAAUUCCCCUGCAUCAUGAAGGACAACAACCCACACAAGACUGACAUUAUCCAAUGUGAUAUUGAAACAACACCGAACAUUGAAUUUAAAGAGUUGGUGCUAAAGUAUGGAGACAAGACUGUAAAACUGCACCUUCAAACUUCAUUAUCCUUCCUCUGGAUCGUGCUUGUUCUUCUGCUGAUCAUUGGCAUUAUUGUCUUUGGGUUGUUAAUGUACCGAAGCAAACAGAGGAAGCUCACGGCUAGGAUGAACCAACUCCUGGAAAACCUGGAGCUUGACAUCAGGAAUGACAUCAGACAAGGUUUUGUUGAUCUGCAGACAGAGAAAGCUGAGCUGAUGGAAAAUGUUGGAGCCAUUCCUUUCCUGGACUACAAGCACUUUGCUUCCAGAAUCUUUUUUCCUGAGAGUGAAGCUUUGAUGAAGUUGUGUAUCAAAGACAUAAAUCAGGACACAGUGAAGGUUCAGCUUGAUGAGUGCUGCCACAGCUUUUCCAGACUGAUCCACAAUCAGCUCUUCCUCACUUCUAUGGUUCAUGCGCUAGAGGAGCAGAAGAGUUUCACUAUCAAGAACAAGUGUGCGCUGGCAUCUCUACUAACAGUCGCACUCCACGGUGACUUGUCGUACCUGACGGAGAUAAUGAAGACUCUGCUGCAGGAUCUGAUGCAGCAGAACAGCAACACUCAGCCCAAACUUUUGCUACGACGCACAGAGUCUAUAGUGGAGAAACUCUUGGCCAACUGGAUGUCCAUAUGCCUUUAUGGCUUCCUACGGGAAAGUGUCGGCCAGCACCUGUUCCUGAUGGUUAGUGCUCUCACACAGCAGAUUACCAAAGGACCUGUGGACUGUGUGACACAGAAAGCUCUCUACACACUCAGUGAGGACGGGCUGCUUUGGCAGGCCCAGGACUUCAGCUCCCUGUUUUCAGAGAGCGAAACCACAGUUUGUGUGUGUCAGAAAGUGCAAAACAACAAAGAGUAUGGCGACAGCUCGUCGGUGCACAUCAACUGA